AUGGUUGGAUCACUUUGGAGUGUGCCUGAUAGAUUCACCGAUGAUCUGAGUGUGAUUAGUUUAAAUGCAGAUACAAUUAAAAGUAGUUCCUUUAUGCUGUCUCCUUCUUCAGUCGUUGCAGUUCCCCUUUCUCGACUCGGAUCGGAGCAGAACUCUCCUCAAUCCUCCAUUUCACUCUCUCUAAAACCCUAA